UAGUGAUGGGCAAAUGAAGCUUUUAUGAAGCAUCGAACCAGUUGAGCCAAAUGUUUCGAAAAUGGGUUCAUUACUCGAAGCUUCAGUGACAGUGACCUCUGCUGGCGAAGUUCGAGGCUGCAGUGGAUUCAACGUAUCCCUGCUUUGAAAACGAUUUGACGCACAAACACACAAACACAAACCCAAAUACUUAAUAGCAUGAUCUUUUCACGAAUAAAGAUUGAUCUAAAUACAGAUGUCUAAAUUGUUCUUAAAGGGAUAUGCCUAGCCUUCUGUCCACAUAGGCUAACUGAUGUAGGCUAGGAUAUAUUUGAAACAGCAUAUAAUAACUUUCCACCCAGGAAUGGGAUUCGAACCCGGGUCUUCCACUCCACAGUCAGUGUGUUAUCCCCUAGUCUACUCUAAUCGAUACCCUGCGUUGAUCUAUUACAUACAUAUCGUACUAUGCACAACUCCCGUAAACGAUUGUAGCAUCGAUUGUGCUUUAUUUUUUCAUUAAAUAAUUAGGCGGUGACCAGCUGGCUUCGGACAAGGUUGGUUGGGUGUGCUUGAGUAACUCUAGGGGGUGAUUAUGUGGGAUGGGGUUAGACACUCAAAGAUUUCUAUUGAGGUAGGCUGCCUUAUGGAUUGAGUCGGUUUCUUUUUUUUUGCUCAAAGCUUCUCCACCGAGCCGCGGACCAGUCAAGUGAUUCAUUCAGGCAACGAACCAGUUGCUGCUUCGGACGUCACUUGUCACGUGUUUUUUUUUGCUCUGAAGCAAGCUUCGAAGCAGUGCUUCUUGGGAGUUGGUUUGAAGCACGUAUCGAAGCUUCAGUGUCACACUGCCAUCACUAGCGCUAGCUAUCUGAAGCCAUUGUCAGACAUGCAGUGAAUACAAGUGCAGCUACCGUUUCAGUUUAGCAGACGACUGCCAAAACAAUUAAUGUUGCGGCGACCUACCGGGAAGUCUGCCUGCGAGUGGGUGCACGUCAUGGCCUUACUGCGCAUGCGCGCAUCAGCGAGCGAACAGGUGGAUGCAAUUAGUCUAAAGGAGCAGCACGUGCCAGAGACAAGAGAAGAGACGUGAGCUUGUUCAUUUGUUUGCAACGCGGCAGCAGAAGGAAGAGUUCUCGGACAAGCACAGAGUUAAAACCCAUGGGAAAGGGGAAAAAGAUCAAAGAGGCUACCGGUUUUUCACCUCAUCAUAUUCAUCAUGCUGGUCAAUACUGGUCAAAUAAAAUGAAGAUUGAGUGAAAUCCUGUGUCUGCAGGCGUUGUCUGGCACCAACUGUUGACACCUAGGGGAAGAUAUUGUUGAUAUGCAACUUGAAAUUAUUCGUUGGAAAGGAUUGUCAUUUUUGGGUGACGAUGACAUUGCAGGAGGCACCUGACCAAACCGUCCCUGAUCUUCAGCCACACGCUGGCGGAGAUCAAAGCCAUCUUCCCCGGGGGACUCUUCCAGGGAGACACCUUCCGCAUCGUUCUGCUCGGAAUAUGAUUCCCGGAGGAAAGGAAGUCUAGGUUCUACGGAUCACAGUUCAUGGGCCACGCAACUGCCAAGGACCUACUUCAGCAUUUCAAAGAGCAUGCAGAUACAUUUGGAGGUGCCCAGCUGAUUGUGGUGGGGAGCUGUGGCAUUCACACACUCCACAAUGCCUUUAAAAGUGGCUUCAGUGUCUGGCAGAUGGAGAAAGUGCUCAGGGCAUUGCAUACACUCUUGCACAAUACCCCUGCUAGAAGAGAAGAUUUCUGCUCUUUGACCAAGUCAUCUGUGUUUCCCCUACCAUUCUGUGGGCAUCGCUGGAUCGAAAACCUACCCGUUGUCGACAGGGCUAUCACCAUAUGGCCAAUGAUGGUGAAGUAUGUGGAUGCAGUGACACAGAAAAAGCUUCCAAACCCUAGAACAUCCUCCUAUGACACCCUUGCAGAGGCACGGAAUGACCCUCUCAUAAUGGCCAAGCUGCACUUCUUUAUGGCUGUCUCUAGGACCUUCACCACAUUUCUGACUAAGUAUCAGACAGAUGAGCCGGUGAUUCCAUUCAUCGGUAAAGAUCUGGCUGUUCUCAUGAAGAGCCUACUGAAGAGGUUCAUCAAGGCAGAGAUCCUUAAUGACAUCACAGCACUGCAAAUGGUCAAACUGGACACAACUGCCAAGGAAGCAAGGGCUGGCCUAAAGGCUGUGGACAUUGGAUUAGGAGCAGAAGUAGUCCUAAAGGAACUCCAGAGUAGCCCCAAGAGCAGCGUAGGGGAGCUCAGUGUGUUGGCCUUUAGAAAGGACUGCAUGGACUGUUUGACCAAUAUUGUCAAGAAAAUGCAAGACAAGAGCCCACUGAAGUACACCAUUGUGAGGCAGAUGGCAUGUUUGGACCCAACGAGCAUGUUCUCAGACCCCGACUUGUGCUAUGAAAGAAUGAAAGGAGUUGUUCAGAGGUUUCUGCAUGAUAACCAGCUGUCAGGAGGCGCCUCUGCUGGUGAUGUGAUUGUCCAACAAUUUGGAAAUUUCUUGUCUCUGGAGGCAAAACAUGAGUCAUUCUCCUCUUUCCAACCCAUGCGUACAAGACUGGACGUUUUCCUGCAUGGACUCCUCCAUCAAUCCUACCCUGAACUCUGGGCAUUCUGCAGGAAACUUCUGCUUCUCUCCCAUGGCCAAGCAACGGUUGAGAGGGGCUUUUCUGUAAACAAGGAGGUAGAGGCCGAUAACAUGAAGGAGGACACAGUGGUUGCUCAGAGGAUGAUCUGUGACUAUGUCUCUGUCUGUGGGGGGGUUCUCAAAGUACCUCUGACUAAGGAGCUUUUGGCAGCUGCAGCUUCAGCUAGGUCUCAGUAUCGGCUACACCUGGACCAGGAAAAGAGAAAGCAUGCGAGCAAUGCUCAAAGAGAAAAGAGAAAAGGUGCAGAAGACCACCUAGAGCAGCUCAAAACGAAGAAGAAGAUACUGAUUGAGGUAGCAAACAGCCUGGAAAAAGAUGCAGACAAGCUAGCAGAACAAGCUGAGGGUAAAUCAGGCACACUCAUGGCCCAGCUAAUCACCAAGUCAAACAUCCUCAGAAGAAGACACAAAGAAAAACUCACAGAACUCAAAGAGGUUGAGAAAGAGCUGGAAGAUAAAUCGGCAGAACUCAGGCAUAUGCCAUAAUGUCAAAUUAGGCAUUACCUCUUCCUUACCUUCUUUUUUCACUGUUUCAAGUGUUUAUGUUCAUUUGUGCACAUGUACAUUGUUAUAAAUGGGUUAGUACACUCUUUUGGGAAGGCUUUCUCAAGUGCCAGGUCAGUGUUUUGUUUAUUAUUAUUAUCUUUUGAUUUUGGUUGAUUCAAAGGAUGUCUGUCACACACACAUACACACACUCACACAAGUUAUGUUAAGUUAUAUUUUGCACUUCAAAAGCACUUGAAAUUGCCAUUUAUUUAUGUAGUUAUUGUAUUUAUUAUUUUGUUCGAAAGGAACAGUAUUUUUUAUUUAUUUACUUGAUUUUAUAAGCAUUUGUUUAUGGGACCUAAAUGCUCUGAAAAUAAUAAAUAUAAUUGAGGACUAAUGACAUUUUUGUGUUCUCUUUUCGCAUUACACACAUUUAGCCGAUGUUCUUAAACUCAACCGGUUAUUAUCAGACAUCAGUGUGUUUACUUGGAAAGAUUACUGUAUAUUUCCCCUUUUGAUUUGUUUUUCCAUCGUAAGUUUGGUCUUAAAUUUCAUUAAGAAGUGGUAUUAAAAUGUCUUAAAAAGUCUUAAAUUUAAUUUGUUUAUACCUGUAGACACCAUGAAGGGAGGUUGGUUGUAGUCUUUUCACUCGGUUCUAUCCCUACUGUUGAUCCGGAGAACCGAGCGAAAAGACUACAACCAAAUAUAAACAUAUCCGGUUCCGGUUUCCGGUUCAAUGGGAUUACGGAACGCCAAAUAAAAUGCAACAGAAGCUGUAUUUCGCUACGAUGAUGUAUAUAAUGAUUUGACACGGCAUCCUCUGCGCAUUACUUCAGCUUUGAAAGUACUGCAUAUUGCAAUUCGAGUACCUUAAUUUGAGACCGUAAAAAACAUCCAAACCGCCGACAUUGAAUCUUUUCAGUUAAGGCGACAAACACUCCUGUACUGCCUCUCCGUGCGUCUCUGGCUGCGUCACUGACAAUGUCACAUGACCAAACAAGCUGUGCAUGGGCAAAAACACACAACGGCAACUAGACUAGGAAAUAAAUAUUGGCUGUUAAUAUCGGACCAGUUUUACUUAUCGGGCCGAUGCCGAAAUGUUAAAUAAUGACUAACAUCGGCCGAUAACUAUAUCACUGCCGAUAUAUCAUGUAUCCCUAACAAUAGGUACAUUUGUCAUAAGAAGUGCAUCAAUAUAUCGCUGUUGGUACAGAAAGGAUGUUCAUAGAACCAAGUGCAAGUACCACAAUCGCUAGGUCAAUCAAUUCCCCGUGUUACAGCUAGUGGUGCCGAGAUGAUGCCUCAUGAAACGUCAAAGCCUCUCAGCCAGAUGAACCACCAAAGUGGUUCGUGCUCGAAGCUUCAAAUGAGUACGCUAGGGACAUCUAGUGGUGAAUGAAAUUAUGACAACCCAACCCAAAAUGUGAUUUUUGCUUCGUGUGUCGAUACAACAUUAAAUCAUUUGAGAAUUGAAGUCAUUUCAGUGAUACAUGUGUGUGAGUGUGCCAUUCAUAAAUGUCUCCAGAGCUCACGUUAGAAAAUAAAUCAUUUGGCAAAAGAGUGUCUUAUCAGCUACAGUACUACAUUUAGCAGACGCUUUUAUCCAAAGCGUAUUACAUUGGCUAAUGCACACGGCAGAGUCGGUGGA